UCAUGAUCUAACGGCUACAAAUCCAAGCCCGCUAAAAAUUGACCGUUGGAAAUUUUCUUUAAUGGCUCGUCCUCUCACUAUCCCUCUCUCUCACGCUCUAUAUCGUUCUCCUUCUUCUCAUAUUCUCUUCAGCCAUUUAUCAAUAAAAGAAAAAAGGUUAAAAAAAAACAGAAAUCGAAAAGGAACGAUCAUGGCGACGAGACGAGUCAUUCCUCAACAAGUUAGAGGUGAUCCCUUCGACGCGAAAAACGCGGUGGCAAAGAAUCGUCGCGUUCUUGGCGACAUCGGAAACAUUGCUUCUCUUCCCGGAGCCGAAGGAGGAAAGAUUAAUCGCCCAUUGACCCGUAACUUCCGCUCCCAAUUGCUCGGAAACGCACAAGUUGCAGCCGCCGCUAAUAAAAAGCAGAUCAAUGUGGGCAAGGCUUCGAUUCUUGAUGGAGCUCCGGUUGUGCCCAAGAAACCAGAAGCUGUAAGGGCGGUUCAGAGGAAGGCGAGAGCUGUUAAGCGGGAGCCAUUAAAACCUAUCCAAGAAGUGAUUUUGAUCAGUCCUGAUACUGACGAGGUCGCAAAAGCUAAAGAGGAGAAGAAAAACGAUGCGUCCAAGAAGAAAGUGACAUACACUUCGGUUCUCAAUGCUCGAAGCAAGGCUGCUUCCAAGACUCUGGAUAUCGACUCGGUCGACAAAGACAAUGACCUUGCUGCUGUGGAGUAUGUCGAGGACAUGUACACUUUCUACAAAGAAGUUGAGAAUGAGAGCAAGCCUCAACUGUAUAUGCAUACUCAGCCUGAGAUUAACGAGAAGAUGAGAUCAAUUCUUAUAGAUUGGCUUGUAAACGUUCACGUCAAGUUUGAUCUGUCCCCUGAGACUAUCUACCUCACCAUCAACAUAAUUGAUCGUUUCUUGUCUCUGAAACCUGUGCCUAGAAGAGAACUUCAGCUUCUAGGUGUGAGUGCUUUGCUCAUCGCUUCGAAAUAUGAAGAAAUCUGGCUUCCUCAGGUCGAUGAUUUGGUAUACGUCACAGACAACUCCUACAGCAACAAGCAGAUUCUAGUGAUGGAGAAGACCAUAUUGGGAAACCUAGAGUGGUACUUGACGGUUCCAACACAGUACGUGUUCCUCGUGAGGUUCAUCAAAGCGGCGGUUCCUGACACGGAGACGGAGAACAUGGUCCACUUCUUAGCUGAGUUGGGUAUGAUGCAUUACAACACUUUGAAGUUCUGCCCUUCUAUGCUCGCUGCUUCAGCAGUCUACACAGCGAGAUGCUUCUUGAACAAGACCCCUGCUUGGACUGAUACUCUGACGUUCCACACAGGCUACACUGGACAUCAGCUCAUGGAGUGCUCAAAGCUUUUAGCUUUCAUUCAUUCGAGAGUUGGGGAGAGCAAGCUACAAGCUGUGUUCAACAAAUACUCGAAACCGGAAAGAUGUGCUGUUGCUUUGGUUUCACCAGCCAAGUCCCUUUUGUCUUGAAGAUGUCUUGAAACAAGUCGGCAAAGUUCUGCAUUUUAGAUCUCUUUGAUCUUUGCUCUGUAAAUGAUUUUUUUUAAUAUAUUUUGCUUGUUGAGAAAUGAUUGUUUCCCUAUGAAUUCAAAAGUAUUAAUGAAUAUUGUAAUAGAAUCGUUUUGGUCUCCUAUCAUAUUUUAAAAACUUUGG